GGCCGCCCGCGAUACCGGAGCCAAGGCAGCAGCAGCCCUUCAAGCGGCAGCGGAGGUGGCAGCAGCAGCAGCAGCGGCAGCGACGAGGAGCGCGCCGGCGCGGCGGGCGGCGGCGGCCGCGGCGGCGGCACGGCCGGGCGCGGCGGAGGGGGCGUGGCGCGGCUGCUGGAUGUGCUGCGCAAGUACGGCGGCGACCCGGGCCUCGACGGCGGCGGUGGCGCGGCGGGCCUGCGGCGUCUUCGGCGGGGCAGCAGCAGCAGCGGGCGGGAAUACUACUCGCCGGGGAGGGGCUCGCCUUGA